AGGGGAUUGGAUCAAAGGUGUGAAUACAUGAAAUAAUAAUAGUAUGAAAUGCAAUUAGAAUAUUUGUGAUUAUAAUCAUAAUUGAAUGUUUAAGUUUGAUUGGAUGGAAGAUUUCAUCAUGAGCUGACAUCAGUUAGAGAACCACUGGAAAACCUGGGAGUACUGGACAGUUUUUUCGUCCAAAACUCGAAAAUUAAUAUGAUGCUCACUAGCGACUGGCCCUAUUCAGGUAGUGACCAAGGGUUCCAGUGGGGAGCCGUGAUCAGUAGGGUACAGCAGGUUGAAGAUGAGGUAGUAACUCAUCGAAGAAUACACUGCAAAAUGGUCGCGCUAUGUCGUGAAUUGGCAGAAGUUAGAAUUCAUGCGCCAUUGGAUCAGGUCUCAGUGGAUCAAUGGUCUACGAGCUCGCCUUGUAACCAGAAGCUGCUGAGUUUGAACCGUGGGGUGGGUGCGUACUGAUGAAGAGUCCCAAACUACGACAAAACAGCUGUCCAGUACUCCAAAGUUUUCUAGUGGUUCUGGAACUGAUGUCAGCUCAUAAUGGAAUCAUUCAUCCAAUCAAACAAAAUCCCUAUAAAACCAAUACUUGAGAAUGUUUUAGUAGCAAAACAAUUAUGUUGGGAAGUAGUGUAUAAUUAUAGGAUUAGUAGGCGAAUAUAAAACGUUACAUAACGUGGUGUGAAAUUUGAUAAGACAGAAUUCAGUAUUGUAAAACAAUUUUGUAUUUAGAAUAACAAGUUGGAUAAGCGGAAACAAUUCAGAGUGAGAAUAGGCAUAAUAAUAAUCAUAAUAAUCGUAUUAAUGAGGGGAUAUACGUAGAUUAGCUAGAAAAAAAAUAAAUAAAUGUCUAUCUCUCCACAGCCGAGGCAGAAAUAGUGAUUGAACAUGCUUCUUUUGUACACAAAGUUCCGCCUUAAAUUAAUGAAUGGCCAAGGCCUCCGCUGUCUUAAGAAGUUUAUAACGAAGAAAAUGCGGUAAGUUAGCAUGAAUUCUGUAGGUGAUUUUAAAAUCAAACAUCUUUGCAGCCUAAAGCAUGUAGUAGCAGGAAAAUGGAUUCCGACUGAUCGCACUGAAUAUGUAUUUAAUCAUUCUUCCGUCACUCUUCCUGAAACUCAACUGCAAGCUCUACCACUUGGCCCCAAGUUCUGUAACAGUGCGUCCAAAGUCAACAGUCUGCAUAUUCAUGUUCAAUUUGAAAAUCUAAUUAACCAGACCAACGAUCCCGUACCCACAUCACCUUAGAAAUUCCAACGCUUCAAAUCUACAGUUCUUGAUUGCUAUCAUCAGUUUACUAGUUCAAAACCAUACUCGAAUAAUCUUCUGACCAAAAACUGGAGAAGAAUUAUGAUAUUAUUACAUGCCGUCCAGACAGAUGUGGAGGUGUUGCAGUUAUGAAUCGCCAAGAUUAUGAUGAGAAAGAUCUCAGUGGUCCUUCCUGGCCAAAUGAAAUUCGCCAAACCCGAUGGUGGAAAAACGAGGCACAUAUAACUGAAAAUCAAUUGACUGAUUUUUUCAAAGAACAUGAGGAAUAAGUCAGUAAUCUCGUCAGAUCUAAAUGAACACAGCCGACUAUUUGGCUCCAUAAUACCACGUUCGAAUGGGCUGCCGAAAAUUCGCAAGGCAAAACUACCCGUCCAUCCAAUUCUCGAUAUGGCGGGUUCUCUUUAUCACAGAAUUGCUCAAUGGCUAGCUGAAAUACUAGAACCGGUUAGAAGAUGUUGAUAAAGAUUGGACUGUGGAAGACUAUGAACUACUGGAGUUACACAAUGCAUAUCGACAUGCAGUAUGGGAUGGUAAAGUACAAAAUCAACCACCUGCAAUACAAAUGCCAAACCUCACAUGGUCUUACGAAUUGGCUAACAUUUCUAAGAAUUGGGCGUCAACAUGUCAACCUUAUCCUAGCAACAUAACAAUGAGAGGUAAAACAUCUUGGAAUUAUGUCGGUCAGAAUGUCGCUGUUACUUCGAAUGUGAGAGAUGCUGUGACCCUCUGGUUCAACGAAUAUUCAAACUAUGAUUUCAAACCAAACAAAUGUAAAGAAAACAGAAGAUGCGCAAAUUACAAACAAGUGGUGUUUUCAGAAACAGUGCAGGUUGGAUGUGCGUAUAAGAAAUGCGAUGACUUCGAAGCACCUAAUAACACUGUUGUCGUGUGUACUUACGGACCCGGUGGUAAAUACUUCUCACGAAGACCCUACACAACUUGCAUUGACCUGUGGGAUGAUGAAGAUUUCUUUUAUGAAUACUGAUGUAUUUCACACAUGGAUGAAAUUUACUUCGAAAUAAAAGGGAACUUGUUUCAGUUUGUAAGUUUCAAAUAAAUCAUUUCAUUUCAA